AUCAGAAGGAAGUGGGCGGGGUUAGCCUGGUGUCCUCUGGAGAGUAGAAGACAAAAGCUACUAUAUAGCAGGUAACAUGCUGUAUUAUUUGUAUAUGCAUGAAUUUACUAAGCACAUUUUGUCAAAGCUCAUUAUAGCUUUCCAGUAUGAUAUAGAAUGCUAUUAUAAAAGGAUAUAAUAAAGUAUAGUCAUAUUAAUGCCAAAAUCAAUGUGUACCUGUUCUGAGUUUUAGAAUGGUCUACUCAUGCGUAGACACUAUGUAAAAAUAUGACAUCAUUUUGUUAAUAUCUAGGUUUGCCACAUCAACAGUUCAAUUAGGGACAUGUAUAAAGCAAUAUAUCGCUGAGUGCUGCAUUUUAACAAACAGAACCCUGAACAUAAAUACAGAUCCUGCAACCCAGCUAAUCUCACAAGCAUGCCUCAUCUCUGUAAUGACUGUGAGCACGUUUUUACAGUGAUCACAAUUUUUGAGUGAAUGAAACUGCUGAAUUUAACAGGCAAUCUGCUCCAGCUAUCUGCUAUUCACAGCCUUGGGCACUGUGUGGUGUAUUAUGGUCACAGAACAUGCACACCAAACUGUCUUGUGAUCCCAGCACACACUAUGAAAUAUGUGAGUGUAGUUUGGAUGACAUUGGUGGAAGUAUAAUCCUGCCCGUGAUGUCACUGUUCCAGGGGUAGGAUUAUUGCUGUAGUGAUUUUUGUAAAAUAUUACAGUAGUAAUCUACAUUGAGCAGGGAGACAGGAGCUAUAAAUGUAGCAGAGUUAUUAACUAAAGUGAAAAUUGUUAGGUAAUCCAAAAUGAUUUAAAAGGGAAUUUUACAUUUAAAGGAACACUCCAAGCACCAUAAUCACUACAGUGUGCUUUAGUGGUUAUUGUGCUUUCAGUGUCCUGUUUGAGAACGGUUGGACUUCUUACUUGGGGUUUGUCAGGCUUCACACCCAGCCUGCACUGUUUCCACUUGAGAGACAGAAGAAGUUUAGCUCCUUGGCUGAGAGUGAUAAGCUGAUGUCUUCAGCCAAUAAACUAGCCCUGUUCUGCUAACAGAAACUCCUGCUUAGUGGAGCUUCUGGCUCUAUGGUGGAAGUAGUGCAGACAGGGAGCAGUGCCUGGCAGACUCCGGGUAAGAAGUCAAACUUUUCUACUUAAUGAGUGGGUGUCAGGGAACUCCUGGCCAGCACAUUGUAGUGGUUAUGGUGCAUUCAUUGCAUACCACACAAGCAGAUAUCAGGCAUAUCUUAUGAAUAUCUUAUGGAAAGCUUGAUGUAAAUGGCAUGGGUAAGAAGUAUUCCAGAUAAAUUGGAGAUGGAAGGAAGACGGAUAAGUAUUGAUUGAUUGAUAAGGAAGAGCUUCAUGAGAAUGUCUUAUAUUUCACCAGAUCCCACCAAGUAGUAUAUAUGACACAGAACAACUUUAACAGCUGGUGGAGGGAAACAGAUGUAAUAAUGUAAAAAUGGUAGUUUAAAAAUAUUAUUAUUGUUAUGUUAUUUAUAUAGCGCCAUCAAAUUACGCAGCGCUUUACAAUGGGUGGACGAACAGACAUGUAGUUGUAACCAGACGAGUUGGGCACACAGGAACAGAGGAGUUGAGGGCCCUGCUCAAUGAGCUUACAUGCUAGAGGGAGUGAGGUAAAAUGACACAAAAAGGUAAGGAUAGUAUUAGACUAGUGACUUCUGAGAUUUAUUAGGAAAUAUAAGAUGUGUUCAUGCUAUGUCAUACAUUGGCAACUGAAUUAAAUUUGGUAUAUCCUGACUAGAAGAUAAUCAAGAUAAUCCAUGCUGAAUGCAUAUAUAUAUAUAUAUAUAUAUAUAUAUAUAUAUAUAUAUAUACUUCUCUUCUCCCAGCAUCCUUUAGGAAAUUCAACAGUGUGAGCAAUGCAGAUUUAUUUGUCUCGCCUCCUCCUGAUGGUAACCCGGACUGCCUUGCGAGUUUCGGGUGUGAUGUUCUGGAUCUUGGUAUACACAGCCGCUCUCCUCUCUGCAGCCUCCUACAUUCCUGAUUUUAUGAGGCUAGUGGUUAGACGACCCUUCAGAUUCUUUUACUGGGCACCCCUUAAAACUGCCCCCCACUGCCUAAUGAGCAGUACGCAUGGGCAGCAUGGCUAUAUUAGAAUUAAGGUGAGUGUCACAUGGCAGUGAAGGUGAUAUAACAAAUGCUUUUGACUAGCAAGCAACUAAUGUUGUUUUUUCUGACUUUUUGUACAGCAUUCAGGUAUUCGAUUCCAUUAUGUGGCAUCUGGAGACAAAGGAAGUCCAUUAAUGUUGCUCCUGCAUGGCUUCCCUGAGAACUGGUAAAAUAAAAAUAGUCAUUUAGUAAUUUACCACCAUACACUUCACAUUCUAUGAAACUAACAUUCUUGCCUCGUGUGGUACUCUUUGAAGAAAUGUUUUUCUCUUUCCAAUGACAAUGUCCUGCUGUGUUAUAGGUACUCAUGGAGGUACCAACUGGAUGAGUUCUCUAAUGGAUACAGGACAGUAGCUGUUGAUCUAAGAGGUUUUGGGAGUUCAGAUGCUCCCCCUGAUUUGCGUGAUUAUAAAAUAGAGACCCUGCUACAGGAUGUGCAAGAUCUGAUCUUAGGACUGGGUGAGAAAUCUGAUAACAAGAAACUAUUUCUAGUUGUCAAGCAAUUUCAUGUUUGAUCUAUUUGCAGGUAUAUUAUGAGCAAACAUUGUCCUGUGUGCAUAUGUCUUCAUUCCUACAUAGAGAAAUACACACUUUUGUGGAACAUAUGUGGAAAGCGUAGUGUCUGUGAACUUAAGACACUAGAGUACAUUCAUUUGGAUUUAAAGGACCACUAUAGGCACCCAGACCACUUCAGCUUAAUGAAGUGAUCUGGGUGCCAGGUCCAUCUAGGGUUAACCCUGCAGCUGUAAGCAUAGCAAUUUCAGAGAAACUGCUAUGUUUACAAUAGGGUUAAUCCAGCCUCUAGUGGCUGUCUCAUUGACAGCCGCUAGAGGUGCUUCUGCGCUUCUCACUGUGAUUUUCACAGUGAGAAGAUGCUGCCAUCCAUAGGAAAGCACUGAGAAAUGCUUUCCUAUGGAUUGAUUGAAUACGCGUGCGGCUCUUGCCAAGUUUGUUUUCCUGUCACUAUAGUGGUCGUUUAAUAUAUAGAUGAAAUUGAGAUUGUCUUAUGAGCAAAGUGGACAUGUGCAUGUUUCAUGGUAACAAAUUGUUCUACUUUGUCUUCACAGGUUACACUAGCUGUGUCCUAGUUGGCCAUGAUUGGGGUGGUACUCUCGCUUGGACCUUUUCAGUCCGUUACAGUCACAUGGUCACUCGUCUCAUCGUCAUGAAUGCACCUCAUCCGUCAGCAUUUCAUGGUGAUCCAUCCAAUCUCAAUAUCUUCAGUAAUAGUAGAGACAGUGAAUAGUGUGAUCCAUGAGUAGAUAAUCUAUUGAAAAUAUAAUCUGACUAAAGAAAACCUCAGUUUAAUGGGGACAGUUUAAACCUAUGUAAAUUUUGUAAUUUAUUUGGAAUUAAAAGAGGUGUUCACACAGUGUAAUAAAUUGGCAACUGAAAAAAAUUAUGCAUGGUCUGACCAGACAAUUCCUGAUAUGUUGUCAGUUUAUUUAUUACCAUUGCAACUGCCAGCAAUCCUCUAUGUAUGUAUUUCCAAAUCAAGGUAUUCUAAUGUAAUGUUAAUAGAGGCUUCAUGUGAAUAGAUGAGGGAUGGACUGAUAAAACAGGGACUCACUAUAUUUGUUUAUUUUGGUCAAUCUGUAGAGACUGGCUAAGUUUGAUAUUGAGAACAUAUAUUAAGUUUGAGAUUUUAUACAUUUUUGUUUUAUAAUCCAUUGUGAUGUUAUGCCUCUCUCCCCAGAUUAUGUGCUGCUGCAUCCUUCUCAGCUUUUUUUGUCCCGCUAUGUAUUCCUAUUCCAGUUGCCUAUUUUGCCCGAGAUCCUACUGUCUAUGUGUGACUUUGAGGUAAGCUGCAACUGUGUUGAAAAUAUAGGACCUGAGAUACGCCAAUUAUUUUCCAGUGACUGCUGUGACACAUAUGAUCUAAAUUGGCACAGAAGGGAAAUUAAAGGGACUGUGAGAACAUGGGCUGGCAGCCAGCUGCAGUGCCAUAUUGUACACAAAGGCAAGUCUAGUAGCAGCCGCUUAGUUAUAGCUGGGUGUAACAAAUAGCAUUGGUACAUAGCUGUGACUGAUAAUGGUAUAAUAAGUACCAGAAGAAAAAAGAGGGUUGCGCUAAAUCACAGGGUGCUGCCUGAGUAUGGGUCAGCUUCCCCCAUAAAACAAAUAUCAAGAGGGAAAACAAGCUUGAUGAAGACCUGGGAACAGUUCGAAAUGUUGCUGUCUCCAUUAAAUCUGCCGGAAAUUAUCACAGUGGGUGCCUGAGAUUUUUUCCUUUUGGUAAUGGUCUAAUGACAGAUGGAUAACUGGUUUAGCCAAAUGGAUGCAUGUGCAGUGACCAAUGAGACUAGCAGCUAUUUAAAGCAUUACAGAUAACUGAAGAGUGCCAUGCAGUUGUGCAGUGAUUACUGAGUGUCAUGGACAGCACAGGUAAGGUAUUACAGAUAACAGGACAGUGCCAGACAGUUAUUAAGGUGUCAUUGUGUGUGUGGCAGAGAGUUACAUAAUGGUAGUUUAGGAAUUACAGGCAAACCAGCGCCCUAUAAUAACACAGUGACUAAUGAGUGGCCAGCUGUAGGGUGGUACAUAAAUGUAUGACACAUAGCUAAACAAUGCAGAAGGUGUGCUGUGAUGAAUGACCUGGUGAAAGUAGUUAUAUAUAAUAUAAUAUAAUGCUCAUUGUCACUUUUCUUCAUUAGCACAUAAGGAGACCACUGACAGAUCCCACUCUAGGGAUACAGAAUAAAGAGCGAAAACUGAAUAAAGAAGAGACAGAUGCCUUUCUAUACUACAUUUCCCAGAAGGGAGCAUUGACUCCCCCACUUAACUAUUACAGGAACAUAUUUGGGUGAGGAUUUACAGGCAAAACAAUGCCAUAUAAUUCUACAUUGGGAAACCACACUCAGACUCAAUGUUGACUCGGGGCUUAAGUUUGUCCAUAUAUGCUCAAAUUGUAUUGAGUGUCAUUCUCCCUUAAAGCUCAACACUCACUAUUCUUUGCAGUGUAACAAUUGGGAUGGCUUCGAUGAGUAAUAGCCAAUGUUUCAACCAAUAACGACUAAUUAUGUUGUGAGUUUAUUCCAAUACGCAGUCAUAUGUGGUUUGUUUACCAGCACACAUUUAAAGGGGCACUCUAAUUCCUACGACUUGGUGUAUUGGUUAUUUUGCCUCAAGUCUCUUUGCGACACCAAAUGGCCACCCCCUGUUCAGCUACAUUGAUUUACACUUCCUCUCUUUUCAUUCUGUCCAAACUGAACAGUGGCAAUUAGCUGAGACUGCCAAUCACUGCUAUCCAGGUUGAUGUCAUACUCUUUGCCAAACAUCAGAUCACUGCCAUCCAAGUUACUGCUAUACUCUGUACCAUACAUCAGACUUUGUUAACAGCUUGACUUUUGUAUAUGCAGGUUCUUCCCGGUGAAAGCUCAGGAUGUCCUUGUGCCAACACUCCUACUGUGGGGGGAGAAUGAUGCCUUUUUAGAGGCUGACAUGGUGCCAGAAAUGAAACAGUACAUCCAUGCUCCCUUCCAGACUGCCAUUAUAUCCAAUGCUAGCCACUGGGUACAACAAGACCAACCACAAGAGGUCAACGGGAUCAUGAGACAGUUUUUAAACAGUGAUACAGAGGCCUUACAGUGGGCACACUAAACGAGACAUAUAUUGUGUGUGUGAUUAUAGGUGUGUGGGUCAUUAAAUAUAGUGCAUAUAAUGUUAUGAUGGACACUGACACUCACUUCUGUUUGCAGAUCAGUGUUUUGGUCUUGUGUUUGAAACAUUGAUCUGUAAAGUUAUACGACACCCAGUAGAGUGGUACAUAUUAACCGUCUGUGUAUUAAAACAAUGAUUGUGUUAACAAUGACUUACCAGGUACAUGCAGUUAAGUUAAGCAUGAGCUACUAAUGAUUUGACUUACUUGUACAUACAUUUAUCAUUUAUUGUGUCAAUGAGUGUAAUAGCACUCACACGUUAGUUGCACUAGUGUUCAAGGGCUCUUAGUGAAUGUAGACUCAAGUGAACAAGAUUUUCUGGGGAUUGUAUAGCUGGCUUUCUUCUUAUUUGAAGAAUGUCGGUAAAGUCUGGAGUUAUAUAAUGCAAUUUUUUGAACAUUUAAUUAAAAUGCAUCUGGCAAUUAAGGAUGCUUCCCUCAAAGCAGAUGAGAUGCCGUUGAGCCAUAGGGGUGUUAAGUAUUCUUUCAAUGGGAUCAUCCGCACGAGCUUGACUUAUGGCAAUCUGAAAGGCAAGGUUAGUGUUAAAACACAAACACUCAACCAUACCAUUUUAUUUCAAGCACUAUUGAGUCAAAAUAUAAUUAAUAAAUAAAUAAAACUAGAGGCCUUAUUAAGUUUCUGAUACCGAGAAUGUAUAGAUAAUGUCCAGAGCUGCAUUUCAGGGGAUAAUUAUUGCAUUAAUAACAUGCUUAUCUUGAGUAAUUAUCUACAGAUAAAUACGCUAUUUAUAUACAGUGACUAAUUUAUUAGAUGGGUUGAUAUUUUUUGUGUGUACCAUUUGAUCUCCAUUCUAUAUGAUAUAUGUACUGUAAAAUGUAAUAUUGUUAACCUCUUGAGAACAAGGAACGGUAACCUCCUUGUCAUAAAGAUACUGCUGAUAUGUCAACUCUUCUGAAGUAUUUAAUAGAACAUACUGAAGUAUUUUAUUGAUAUUUAUCAUUGUUCUUAAAGAUAGUCUACUGGAUUGAUUUAUUGUUUUGUUUUUUUAAUCAUGGAUACUUUGUUUCCACCACAGCACGUCAUAUUAAAUAGACUCUAUCAUGCAUAAAAUAACAAAGUCUUAUAGGAAUUUACCAUCCAGCAUUAACAUGUAACAGCAAAGGAACAAGAUCUUAAAGGGACACUAUAUCUACCAAACUACCAACUUUAGCUUAAUGAAGCCGUUUUAGUGUAUAGAUCAUUCCCAUUCAGUCUCACUGCUCAGUUCUCUGCCAUUUAGGAGUUAAAAUCACUUUUGGUUCUGUUUAUGCAGAGCUAUACACCAUGACUGAUUUAUUAAGCUAAAGCUGUCCUUGUGACCAUAGUGUCCCUUUAAGUAAAUAAAAAAAAAUUUAUGCUACUUGAUAUUCUGCCAUUUGGCUAUCACAAUUUCUUGAUAUAUUUGUUGAUUACAAAAGCUCUCUGUUAUGCUUAUGACAUGGAGUCUCUGAAAUAUGUAGAAAAUGCAUACAUUAUUGAUAUGGAAAGAAAUAGCUGUCAUAGCCCAAUGGAUAUAAGCUAUAUAUAAUGCAUGCUGGAGGCUACAAUUUGGUGGGCAAUGCCAAACGAAGUUAAAAUGCAAAAUAAAAUGCAGCUACUAUAAUAAAGGAAAUAAAAUGAAAGAAUAAUUAAAAAUAGAUGGAUACACACGGUAUGCCUUUCUACUUGUGUACAUAGUAGGGCAUUGUGCAUCUGACCAUGUCUGCAAAUUCAUAUGUAUAUAUGAGAAAGAUCAUGGAUAAAAUAAUUGAUUUAUUGGAAAUUGUUAUUUAGUCCAUGUGUAGGACUUCACCGUGAUUUGUAAGAAUUAAAAGGAGGACGGCAUGAUGGAUAAAUUGAUAUUAAAUUUACUCAUCAGCAAAUGUAUGUAUUUUUUGUUUUUAACAAAUUGAUUUUCAUUCUGUUAAAACAAGUCCAAAGUCUUAAAGGGAAAUGUAUGCACUGUAACUGCUGCUCAACCUAACUUGCCUGUCGCUGUGUUUGCUCUGUGUAAACCUGCAGGAGCAGGCAAGUUAGUUGAGCUGGUCAGAUAAAAGUAGAGUCUGAAUGAACAAGGCUGCUCAGUUAGAUAAAAAUAUAAUUAAAGGACCACUUUAGGCACCCAGACCACUUCAGCUUAAUGAAGUGGUCUGGGUGCCAGGUCCUUCUCGGGUUAACCCAAUUUUUUUAUAAACAUAGCAGUUUCAGAGAAACUGCUAUGUUUAUGAAUGGGUUAAGCCUUCCCCCUAAUCCUCUAGUGGCUGUCUCAUUGACAGCCACUAGAGGCGCUUGCGUGCUUCUCACUGUGAUUUUCACAGUGAGAGCACGCCAGCGUCCAUAGGAAAGCAUUGUAAAUGUUUUCCUAUGCGACGGGCUGAAUGCGCGCGCAGCUCUUGCCGCGCGUGCGCAUUCAGCCCAGGAGGAGGAUCGGAGGAGGAGAGCUCCCCGCCCAGCGCUGGAAAAAGGUAAGUUUUUAACCCUUUCCCCCUUCCAGAGCCGGGCGGGAGGGGGUCCCUGAGGGUGGGGGCACCCUCAGGGUACUAUAGUGCCAGGAAAACGAGUUUUCCUGGCACUAUAGUGGUCCUUUAAGUUUAAUUAAAUGUAAUAAACGUCUAAAAAAUGAGAAGUGAUAAUAUGAUGACAAAUUGGUGUCCUUUAAAUUUUGUUAAGUGGUGAAGAAAUAUUGACUUUUAUCGAUACCCAACGUGUAACCUUAUUUGUGGUUUGCUCAUUCAGAAAUAGAUACCUAUUUGUGGCAUACAAUGUUGCUGCUAUUAUGUGACUCGUAUGGUUGAUAAACAAAGUAGGGCAUUUCAGUUUUAUUUCUGUUUUCCGUUUGAGGACGAAUAAUAUAUACAUAUAGAGUUAUAUCUAUUAGAAAUACUAAACAGCCUUAUUUCAGAUGAAUACUCUUGGUUUGUAUUUAUUAAAGGGACACUAUAGGGCCACUUUAUCUCAUUAAAGUGGCCUGGGUACCGUGUCCCUGUUCUGUUUUGUCCUGCAAUGUAAAACAUUGCAGGUUUAGAGAAACUGCAAUGUUUACAUUGCAGUAAUAAAACUAACUCUGGUGGUCACUUAAAGCUCUUCCUGGAGUUUUACUGAGUUUGUCUCGGUAACACGAUCGUGGCUGUCCUCACGCUCUGCAAUGGGAAGGCCUAAUGUGCUCUUCAGAAAUGCGCGUUAAGUUCACCCUUAUCGGCUGAAGUUAGAGGAGCCAGAGAGUGGCCCAGCACCAAGGGACAUCUGUGCUGGAAUCAGGUAAGUGAAUAACGGGUUAAUUAAGGGUUAUCGCCGGGGGGGACGGGGGCACACAGUGUUUGGUAUACAUCUUUGGAUUUCCCACACUAAACCUAGACUUAUAGUUGAAUUAGGAUUAAUUGUCUGCUAUGAAAUGUGAUAGGAAAGUGUAAUUUGUUUGCUAGGACUUUCCACAACAGUUUUAUUCAGUCUGAUGAGUGAAUUUUAAGUAAGCCCUUGUUAUAGGUGCACUAAUAAUUAAAUAUAGAAAGUUCAAUUUGCAUACAUAAAGUAAAAGAUAUACAGUAUUGGAAUAAUUUCUGAUCAACAAAGUCCCCUGCUGUUUUUUGUGUGUUUGGUUUUUCACCAACAGGAUUUACCCUAUCUGGUGUUAGGUUGUUAUGGUUGUUAGGUUACCCAUGUAAUCCUAAUCAAUAGCUGUGAAAUUUGAUAUUUAGAACUAGCAUUCAUCAAAUAUUUACACCUGUGUCUGUGGUGGUAAGGCGGUAUGGGAUAAGUCUGUUACCAUAUCUGUGUAGCUAGCUAAAAAUCUAAUUCUCAUAGCACAAGGCUAAGAUGACUUCUCUCGUUGCUAAUGUUUGCAAUUAUAUUUAAACAUGCCGUGAAUGAAAUGAGGGGAAACAAAUUGAUAAUAUAUGAAAGUGAAAUUUAACUUAUUGCUAAUUCCUAAAACAAAAUGUGAAAUUGUGGCACAUUAGAUUUCAGUAGAGUGAAGAUAAACAUUUUGAUGAGUCCCUGAUACUUGUAUAGUUUAAAUUUAUUUUGACAUAGACACUUGCUAGUUUCUUGAAUAUACUGAGUAGACAGAAGGGCAUGAUCUCUUUCUUAUCACUGAAUUGUUUUCAAUGAAUUUUGAAACUUGAAAAAACUUAAAAAAUGGCUUGCUUUAUAAUGUUAUUUUUGUAUUAUGUUAUUGUUUGAUCAAUAAAGAUGCCUUAUUUUGGACUGAU